AUGGCUAGCUCGUGUGCCGUACAGGUGAAGCUGGAGCUGGGGCACCGCGCCCAGGUGAGGAAAAAACCGACCGUGGAGGGCUUCACCCACGACUGGAUGGUGUUCGUGCGCGGUCCGGAGCACAGUAACAUACAGCACUUUGUGGAGAAAGUCGUCUUCCACUUGCACGAAAGCUUCCCUAGGCCAAAAAGAGUGUGCAAAGAUCCACCUUACAAAGUAGAAGAAUCUGGGUAUGCUGGUUUCAUUUUGCCAAUUGAGGUUUAUUUUAAAAACAAGGAAGAACCUAGGAAAGUUCGCUUUGAUUAUGAUUUAUUCCUGCAUCUUGAAGGCCAUCCACCAGUAAAUCACCUCCGCUGUGAAAAGUUAACUUUCAACAACCCCACAGAGGACUUUAGGAGAAAGUUGCUGAAGGCAGGAGGGGACCCUAACAGGAGCAUUCAUACCAGCAGCAGCAGCAGCAGCAGCAGCAGUAGCAGCAUUGUUUUCAAAAGUUACCAGCUGGUCAACUCUGACCAGCAGGUAUCUGAAACACAACAGACUGGGGCACAACCUAUUCUAAGUAAGUAUCUUUUGCAGUCUGAACAACCCAGUCCUGCCAGCUCCAGCUCCAGCUCCAGCUCCAGCUUCACGCCAUCCCAGACCAGGCAACAAGGUCCUUUAAGGUCUAUAAUGAAAGAUCUGCAUUCCGAUGACAAUGAAGAGGAAUCAGAUGAGGCUGAGGAUAAUGACAAUGACUCUGAAAUGGAGAGACCUGUAAAUAGAGGAGGCAGUCGGAGUCGCAGAGUCAGCUUAAGCGACGGCAGUGACAGUGAAAGCAGUUCUGCUUCUUCGCCCCUACACCACGAACCUCCACCGCCCUUAUUAAAAACCAACAAUAACCAGAUUCUUGAAGUGAAAAGUCCAAUAAAGCAGAGCAAAUCAGAUAAGCAAAUAAAGAAUGGUGAAUGUGACAAGGCAUACCUAGAUGAACUGGUAGAGCUGCACAGAAGGUUAAUGACACUGAGGGAAAGACACAUUCUGCAGCAGAUCGUGAACCUUAUAGAAGAAACUGGACACUUUCAUAUCACAAACACAACAUUUGAUUUUGAUCUUUGCUCGCUGGACAAAACCACAGUUCGUAAACUACAGAGUUACCUGGAAACAUCUGGAACAUCCUGAGGAUACAACAACUGGAUGCAUCA